ACGCUCUACUGAUGACGUGUACACUCCACUACCGUUAGCUGGCUAGCCAGCUAGCUUAGCCACCUGUCAGAUUAACGGUGUAACGUGAAUAGAUUACGAUCCCAACCGGGGGCGAGUCAACACAUCGCUGAAGAUGGAGACGCUUUACCACCAGACAAACAGGCAAAUCCAGGAGGUGCAGUCGUAUAUGGGAGAUCUGGAGAAGACGGAUCGUGAGUCGGUACACUUGUUGGAGAACGAGCUGCAGGCUAGAAUCGACCAGAUCUUCAACCAGUUGGAACGCCUCGAGAUCUUGGCCAGCAAGGAACCACUGAACCGCCGGCAGAACGCCAAAGUGCGAGUGGACCAGCUGAAGUAUGAUGUCCAACACCUUCGGACCGCCCUGCAGAAUUUCCAGCACCGACGCUACGCCAGAGAGGCCCAGGACCGAGACAGGGAGGAACUCAUGAGCCGGACCUUCACGACCAACGACGCAGAUACCUCCAUCCCCAUAGAUGAGACCCUACAGUUGAACUCCAACUUGCACAACGCACACAGAGGCAUGGAUGACAUCCUGGGCAGCGGCAGCGGCAUCCUCAACGGUCUCAGAGACCAGAGAUCUACUCUGAAGGGGACCCACAAGAAGAUGCUGGAUGUGGCCAACAUGUUGGGGCUGUCGAACACGGUGAUGCGACUGAUAGAAAGGCGAGCCACCCAAGAUAAGUUGAUCAUGAUCGGAGGCAUGCUGUUGACCUGCGUCUUCAUGUUCCUGGUCAUCAGAUACCUGGGCUGACCCCUCCCACAGCGACGGCUGCGGAUCAGUCGUGGACGUUUAUGCAGCGCAUCAUCCCUCAUGAUAUGAAAAGUGGCAGAAUGGACUUAACAUCAGAUUUGAGUCUUCUUUUUAUAAAUCGUGCCAUGAGUUUGUUUUCCACCAUUUAAGUUAUUUUGGGCACCUUUUGCAAAAUGGUAAAGGUUGAUAAAGACCUUAAUAACAGUAUUUUAUUCCACUUGAAGCUCCAAUAGAGCGUUGGACUUUGAUAAUAGAUCUGCUGCUUUCCUUAGAUUACUGCCACAAAUCCAGAAUCUACUUUAUCAAAACCACUGAAACUGUAAAUCUCUCGUGACUGGAGCCAAAAUACUUCAAACUGAUCUUUCUCAGCUUCUUCCUCCAGUGAACAGCUCUGUUUUGUAUCUCAAUCUUUCCGCGUCAUUCUGCCUUGUUGGUUCAUAGAGAAAUACUCGCAAUGCUCCGUGUUUCAUUACAACUCAAGAAUAGUCCCUAAAGAAUCGCUUGUUUUCUGCGUUAUGUGCAUAACAUGUGGCAACAAGGAUCUGUUCGUAAUAGUUAAACUAAUUUCUCUUGGAUUGAAGCUUCUGUCUAGUCUCACUAUGUGAGUGACUUUAAUUCUCUUAAUAGAAUAAAACAUGUUUCAUUUCCUGUGUGUGACUUCUUUAAAUGGUUCUGUUCUGAAACUGAGGGGCGCUAACUCUGCUGCUCUUAGUUUCAUGGUAACGAGGGCGCCAUCUAGAGUUUAAUUUAGUCCCUGACCCAACAUAUCAUAGGAAGACACGCAUGAACUCAAAGAUUUUAUUUGCUGAAACAGUAAGUUCUUAAAAAAUACAGAGUUGCUACUGUUUGACAGAUCACCAUCUUUUCCAUCUGAAGCGGGCUCAUUUAUAAACAAACGUGAUAAAAUAGGUACAUGUGACCGCCUUCCUUCCAGCUCUUCAUUCUGCUUUUUCCAAAAACCAAAACCUCUAGAAUGUUAAUAGGUUAAUCUACAGCAGUUUUAUUUACAAAAUUACACAAAAGCAAAAACACAGCUCUUCUUUUGAAGAGCAUUCUGGAAAAUAAUUUAAAAACAGAAAAAUACAAUUAUUGCAGUAUACUACAAUCUUAUUGUUACAUGAUGCAAACGCACCACCUCGAUGUACAGAUUUCAGUGCAAUUUAUUCAGGUGCACCCUCACCACAGGGAACAUGAGCUCUGCCUCAGAGCAUCAGGGAUUCAAGCCCCCGACGUCACCCGAGAGAGGACCUUCUUAUGUCAUACCGAUU